AUGCAGCUCAAAGCAGACGUACCACCUUGUGCAGUCUCUUUCCAGUGUGUUGGUCCAGUACCUAUCGAAAUGCGACGCAACCGCACGAACAAUCUCGAUGAGCGUGUUCUCACCCCAAUUCAAGUUCUGGAAAUCGUCUGCCGUCAGAGUCUCACUUGUCCGUUUAUCGAUAGUGCUGCAAACUUUUAUUCAUGGGAGUCGUCUUGUUAUCGGAUUCCUAACAACGGUGCACUAGCACUAGAUUUGGAGGGUGGAAAAGAUAUUUACGGCACCACUGCCCAGCCUGGGCGCACUUACUGUGCGAGCAGAGGUGGAACUGCUACAAGCGCUGGUCGCGGUGGUUACCACACAUAUGCACCAAGGACCACACAUCCUACGACGCAGCGGCAUGAGGAGUCGCUAGAACUGCUAUCGCCAAGUAGCCUCUACAAAGAAUUUUCGCUGUCCAAUCAUGAGAUGAAAAUCCUUGCUGAAGCUGUGAAGGGCAUCAAAAUCAGGUUCUCUCAUCGCAAGGGUGCCGUUCGAGUCUACCGCGUUAACAGCCUUCAAAUGCCCACGCACAAGCUCACAUUCAAAGGUGUUACUGAAGAUGGGCGGGAAACUAUCAAAUCGGUGGCACAGUACUUCGCAGAGAAAUAUGCGGAACUACGCUUUCCAAAACUUCCAUGUCUUCACGUUGGCCCACCAACCCGCAACAUUUUCUUCCCUUUGGAAGUCUGUGAGAUGGACACACCACAGAAAUACAACAAAAAACUGAGUGAAAAGCAGACGAGCUCAAUAACCAGAGCUGCUGCAGUAGAUGCAUCACAGAGAGAAGAGCGUAUCGCUCAGCUCUGCCAGCAGGCUGGCUUUGACCGUGACCCUUUCCUUAAAGAGUUUGAUCUUUCGGUCUCACCUAUGAUUUUGGAGACAAUGGCUAGGGUUAUCCAACCGCCACAGAUCAUGUUCGGUGACAAUUCCAAAAUAGUGUACCCCAUUGUUCAUCCGAAGGACGGAGCGUGGUCUAUGGACAAUCAGACACUUCAUUUGCCUGCUACUUGUGGAAUUUACUCGAUGGUCGCGUUGGUUAACCAUAGAGACCAGAAUUUGCCACAAGGAUUCUGUCAGGCACUUUACGCGAAGGCUACACAAAUGGGCAUGGUUUUUCCGAAAUGGCCCGACCUCGUCAAAUACGGGCGUGGCCACGACGAUGUGGUGGUAUUGUUUAACGAAAUUGCUAACGCAUACAAGCAGACGAGAAUUAGCUGCGACCUAGUCAUAGUGGUGCUGCCCGGGAAGAAUUCAGAUAUCUACAUGACCGUAAAGGAGAGCUCAGACAUGAUUCACGGCAUAACGUCACAAUGCGUGCUUAUGAAAAACGUUCAACGUCCAUCGCUUGCCACUUGCUCGAACAUAAUCCUUAAAGUGAGCAUGAACUUGGAGGGAUCAACAGUUGCAUUGUUGCUGACAAUAUCACCCACAACCAACACUGGUCGUUGGCACGUCACACAUCCAACACAAGCUGAAGAACGUAUGAACGUUCCAUCAGUGGCAGCGAUCGUCGCUAACAUUGACCUACUACCCCAAUCAUAUGGAGCCAACGUCAAGGUCCAGCGAAAGUGA